UGGGUGAAUUCAGACAGGAAGCCUCGUCACAUCAUGUCAGCUCUCAAUCAAACCAGCUUUCAUCCUGCCUCCUUCUUCCUGAUUGGCAUCCCAGGCAUGGAGGAGCUGCACAUCUGGAUCUCCAUCCCAUUCAGCCUGAUGUACAUCGUCACACUUUUUGGAAAUUUUACCAUAUUAUUUGUCAUCGUAACGGAGCGAAGCCUCCAUGAGCCCAUGUACUUUCUCCUGGCCAUGCUGGCCAUCUCUGAUCUAAUAUUGUCUUCCUCUACAGUGCCCAAAACUCUGAGCAUAUUCUGGGCACAUUCCAAGGAAAUCUCUUUCGAUGCCUGCCUGACCCAGAUGCUCUUUACACAUAUUAGUUUUAUUGCUGAGUCAACAAUCCUGCUGGCCAUGGCGUAUGAUCGGUAUAUUGCCAUAUGUGAUCCCUUGAGAUACACGACUGUGCUAACACAUUCAGUAAUAGCCAAAAUAGGGCUGGCGGCUCUAGCUAGAAGCUUUUGUGUGAUGUUCCCAACACUUCUUCUCCUUUGGAGGCUACCGUACUGUGGACACAACAUUAUGCCUCAUACGUACUGUGAGCAUAUGGGCAUAGCCCGGCUGGCCUGUGCCGAUAUAGCUGUCAACAUCUGGUAUGGUUUUACUACAACUCUUUUAUCACCAGGAUUGGAUGUUGUGCUCAUUGUUGUGUCUUACGUUCUCAUCCUCAGGGCUGUCUUUAGGCUCCCGACCAAGGACGCCCGGCUCAAAGCUAUUGGGACCUGCAGCUCCCACAUCUGUGUCAUAUCCAUGUUUUACAUGCCAGCAUUCUUCACCUUUUUCACACAUCGGUUUGGCCACAACGUCCCCCACAACUUUCACAUCCUACUGGCCAAUCUCUACGUGCUCCUUCCACCCAUGUUAAACCCCAUCGUCUAUGCAGUGAAAACGAAGCUAAUUUGGGAAAAGGUGGUCCGCCUGUUCUUCAAGGCAGGGCAGCGGUGCUGAAUGCUGCGACUGGGAUGCUAUCCCCUUAGAAAUAAACCAGAUGGAAAUUGUGGGCUCCAGUGAGGCCCGUCAGGAAACUUUGUGUUAGACCAUUUUAGAUGGUCUCUUCCUCAUCUCAGGCUCCAUGGUGUAGUGUUUGCUGGUCAGAGGAAUUGUGAGACUCUCCUAAGACUAAAGCAUGGCAGUUAGAAAACAAAGAGAAACAAAGGAUCACAAAUGGAAGCUGGUAGGACCUAAGGACCAGAUCUUCAGCAUGUGUAAACUGGCAUUGCUCCAUUAAAGUCAGAGUCACUACGCUGAUAAGCACCUGCUGAAGAUGUGGCCCUUACUGUAUUUCUGAGAGGUACAUUUUUACCCACGUUCUGCCCUGCUGAACUCUGUGUUGGGUCAUGUCUUUUACUCUUGUAUCUCAAAGUUUUCAAAAAUAUUGGACUUGUUUUCUUAACUAUCGACUUGGACAGAGCCAGGGCUGGCCUUCAGGAAAACGGCACCCUGGGCUCCCACCCCCUCAUUGCACCUGGGCCCCACUGCCUCCUCCCAGGGCUUAAUUUGUAAUGAAAGGCCUGGCACAAAUUAAGCACUGCACAAGGUACCUGCAGUAGAAAGUCCAGUGGGGAGGUUUGUGUCAGGCCAGGAUCCAUAGCCAGCCAGUAUGUCUCUGGGGCAUCUGGACUCCUGUGGAGCCUCUGGAAAAAUAGAAAUAUAAUCCCUGAGAGAGGGUUUGCAGUGAAUCCCCUCUGGGGCCCAGGGGUGAUUUCGCUUCCCUGUACCAGCAGGAGGGGAAUCAGUCAUGUGGUCUGAUGAAGAUGAAAGAGAUGACCUAGUCUAUGUGAACUAUGCACAUGACAAAUAGAGACAAGUAACCCAACAGCCAGGAUUUUCCAUCAAGGGGCCUUUCAGCUGUCACUGCACCCCCAUUAAAUCAGUUAAUGGUGGUUUUGAGGGUGCAUGGAAUGCAGGAUUGGGCCCCACAUGUGGCUCCCCAAAAUAGUUCCUUUUGACACUCCAUUUACCACAGUCCAGAAGUAAGAAGAGCAUCUGUAAAUCCUUAUUUCACACUUUGAAGCACCUACCAGAUACACAUUCCCAUUGUACAGCCCCUUUUGUGUUCAGCUCUUAGCUGAAUUGUACCGUAAGGAUCUGAUGGGAGGUGUUAGCUCUUCCUAUCCAAAAUAUUUUCCAUUCUUUUCAUUUUUAAUUAAAUGUUUAUUGAAGACUUAGGCUGUUAUCUAAGAUAACUUCGCACCUGAAAACUCUGUGGUUUUUGCAGAUAAUAACGUAGAAAUUAGCUGUUGAUUUUACUGUACCCACACAAACCCACCAACAUAUUUCCAUUGAUCAUAAUUGAAAUUUACAGGAAGAGGAAGCCAGAAAAAUGCUGCUUGAGAACUUGUCAGGCCAUGUCUACACUUGUGAGCUUGCAGCUGCACUGUGUGAUCACUCAUGUAGCUGCUCCGUGCUGAUGGGAGAGGUCUCCCGUUGACAUAAUUAAACCACCUCCAAUGAGCGGCGGUAUCUAUGUUGGUGGGCGAAGCUCUCCCACCGACAUAGCGCUGUCCACAUGGACGCUUCUUUUGGUGAAACUUAUGUUGCUCCGGGGGUGUAUUUUUUUCACACCCCCUGAGUGACAUAAGUUAUACCAACAAAAGUGUAGACAUAGUCUUAGAGUCAAAAUCCAGUAAUUUAGACUCUGAGUUAGGCUUGUUACAAAUGGACUAGUGAAUGAUAACUCAACAAAUCAUUUCUGAGUUUAGGAUAUUUACUUUGUUAUAUCUUGGCACCUUGUGGUUUUUGCAGUCCUGUUGGUCCCAGGAUAUGAGAGCCACAAGGUGGGGGAUGUGAUAUCUUUUAUUGGACCAACUUCUGUUGGUGAAAGAGACAAGUGUGCGAGUGCCACAGAGCUCUUCUCUGGGUCUGAGUGCCUAUGAGCUCUGUGGAGCUCAAACGCUUGUCUCUUUCAUUCAUAGACUAUCAGGGCUGGAAGGGACCUCAGGAGGUCAUCUAGUCCCACCCCCUGCUCAAAGCAGGACCAAUCCCCAAUUUUUGCCCCAGAUUCCUAAAUGGUCCCCUCAAGGAUUGAACUCACAACCCUGGGUUUAGCAGGCCAAUACUCAAACCACAGAGCUAUCCCUCCCUCCAUUCACCAACCGACGUUGACCCAAACAGAGAUAUUACCUCACCCACCUUGUCUCUCUGUGUAUAAAAGCUUGAACUCUUUGAAAUCUCAACUUCUACUGUCAUUAAAAAUGUAUCUGACCUCCCCCCAUUAAUUUCCCACAACUGUGCUGGGGACACUGGGGCAUGGCCACUAGGUAACUCGAGGGGAUGGAAGACCACGAGUGUCGAUGAAGCCCCCUCGCACUAGGCCCAAGUGUCCUUGGGCCCCCGGCCUGGAGGCACUCGCAGCAGUUAUGCUCAGGAUCUGCAACAGUAUGUUGCAGAGUCAGACUGCCUGAAACUAAACAAGGCCAAACAAGACAGAUAUGGAAGAACAGUGCUGAAUAAAGCAGCGUUAUGUAUGGUUUAACAGCUGGUAUAGAGAACAAGGGAACUAGCUGGUAACUGGAUUGGCUGGCUAUAUGGAUACUUAGGGCAGCUUGCUAUUGGAUAAGUAUGCUGGAGAAAGGAUGUAUAAAAUCCUGUGUAACUUCCUGCUCUGUGUGCAGGAUUUGAGAUUCUAAUCUCCCUGUACCUUCUUUGAAGCUUCAAAUAAACUUUUCUGCUUCUCCACCCCAUUGUGAUUAUUGGGUGAUGCACACUGGGCAGCGAACCCCCUGCUGUUGCUCGCCUCUGGCACUGGGUGCCGGCAACAACUGUGAAAAUUAAAAUUUAUAAAAAUACCAAAAAGCUUAAAAACAAACAGUUGAUACUACCCAGCAAAGUUAUAAGAAACUAAAAACUGAAUUCUACCAAGCCUAAUUAUA